AGUCAAGUACAUCCUUCAUCGGCCCUGGACCUCUCUUGUCCCUUCCCUUUACUGUCCUUCCUCAAUUCCGGCCAGAGUCCCUUUGCGAAGGUCUGCAGAUGCCCAGGUCCCCAACAAACUUAACAAUAAGACCUCUCACUUAGCAAGGCUCAUCCAAAGCAAAACCGUUCAGUCCCUCAGUCAGGACCAGUACUUUCCCCUCCAACCCAGGUAAAGAUCCUGACCUAAGGACCUAAGGACUUGCAACCACCAAGCCUAAGCUCAGAAAUGGAAGCAAAUGAGAUCACAGACAGUCCUCAGGCCACCAAGGAUGCAGAGAACCGCCCUUCAUUAAAGGACCCUUCGGCUGAAGACUUGCGGGAGCCCACUAGCCUCGAAACUGAAACUUCCGCGGAUCUUUCCAGCUCACAGACCUCUUUACAGCUUCCAGUCUCCGACGCCCUUUUUGUAACAUACGCUUCGCCAAAUCCUGAGACUGAGGCCUCUGAGAGCCUCUUGGAGCCACCUGACUCUGAAACUCCCUUAAAGUCCCAUACCACUGAGAUUCUUUCCACACCAUCCCAGGUUUCCUUCGAGGCCCCAGCCUUUGAAACUCUCUCAAAGUCUCCCCAGUCUGUGACCUCUCUAGAAAAAGCCAUCGCCGAGAUCCCUUUGGAGAGCCUUACAGAUGAGAGUCACAGCUCUAAGGUCAAAAAAAAGUCUCUUAAGCUCUCACCAGGAGUCAAUCUCCCUGCAUCUCCCCGUAAGCUUUCUUCUGCUAAAGGCCCAGAGACCCAGGUCCCUGGAUCUGAACACAUCCCCAAGCACUCCCUUUCAGGACCUUCCAGCCAGGCCCCCGCGGAUACAGAACCGGCUGCAAAGCAGGAGGAAGCAAGGGAAGAGGAGCCAAUAGUGGGGACCAGUACCGUCUCUGCUCCUGCAGCCAAGCCCGAGUCUCGUGUGAGCAAGAAGGAGAAAAGAGUUAGCGGUUACACAAGCCGCCCAGUGGUCCCUGUUAAGCGGGCAGAGCUGGUGGAUAUGGCUAAGGCAAUGCACAGAGAACAUUUUGGUACUCAAGUGGAGUAUCUUUUCCAGUGGGAGAAGGAUUCAGCCCUGAAGGCCAUCCAGACAGGUCUUUACAUUGGCUGGCGCUGCCCUCAUUACCUAUGGGACUGUUUCCGGAUUGGAGACCAGUCCAGGUGCUUUUGUGGACAUUUGUUGAAAGAACACCAGAUCAUCUCAGAUCUGUCGGUGCCCUGCCGCGUGAGCCAGUGCAGGUGCCUCAUGUUUUGUUUCAUCCCGUCACGCCCGGAGGAGGUGGGUGAGUUCUGGCUUAAGAGACGGGCCACCUUCGACCCCAAAGCAUGGAGAGCCCAGUGUCGCUGUAAGCAUACUCACGAAGAACAUGCAGCCACCGGAGCGCAUCCCUGCAGGCACCGAGGCUGUGGCUGCAACAGUUUUGAGUCAAAUUUCCUCUGUGCGGCCUGUGACCGGCGCUGGGAGGAACAUGAGACUUUCUUUGAGACUGAGGAGACCAGGCGAAGAGGAGGGAGACCUUAUGGGGCAGACACUGUCAACAACUGGCACAGGCCUUUCUGAGCCUGGCCAAGAUCAACAAUAAAAUGGAAGCCAAUAGACUCUGACCUGGCUCUAUAUGGGACAGGUAGCGUCAAGGCUCAGUUUAGAGUCAGCUCUAACUGCAGGCCAGAGACAGCAUCAAGCGGAAAGAAGGCUGGCUCCAGCCUUCUUCCUCUAUCAUGGCCACAUUCAAGCCGCUGGCCCUCACUAGGAGAAGAGCUUCAAGAAAGCCAAGGAGGGAGAGUGUUUGAAGAGUAGAAUAGCCAGUGAUUUCAGGGGUAGCUGGGGCUCCAUAAGGCAAAGACAUUGCAAUUAGUAAGUCUUUGGAGGCUUUGGACAGUGUGGUUUCACACUGGCAUGGUGGAGGUAAACGCUAAAUAUUAAUUUGAAGGUGUCUAUUCAAGGAGCUUGGGUAAGAAGUAGAAUAAAGAAAUCAGACAAAACCCAGGCUGUAGAUCAAGGAAGCAACUUUUUAAGAAGGAAAGGGGGAAGAGGCCCACAUGCAAAAAGAUCUUGAAGGAUGCAAAAGGGAGGAGAGAUGCUUGGUGUGGGACAAGAUCUCAGACAUGGAGAAAAGAGAGCAUGCGGUCAAGGCAGAGGUGAAGGUAUUUGCUCUGAUGCAGAGAAAUUUCAUUCUUAAGACAAAGAAGAGAAUAUGAGCUGCAGGGAGUAGGGCCUCCUAAAGCUCCCCUCUGGAGACAUCUGUAUUCUCUGUGAAGCAAGCAAGGGAUUAGUGGGCAGUAGGGAUUGGAAGAGAAAGGUGAGCUCUGGGGAAGGCUGAUGGGGGAGUCAGAGAUCAUGGCAAGUGCAUGGUCUAGGAUUUAGUGUGGCUAGAAGUGAGACUCUGGUUGGAGAAGAGGCUAAACUAUUUAGACUAAUGGGUGCUGAUGGAUAGUGAGAAGCAGGCAGAGAACAGGCCUGAAGUGAAGGGAUGUUACAGACGGGGGACGUGAUGCCAGGCAACAGCUGCUUUCAAAGGAAUAAGAGCUCUCGAGUGCAACAAGGAGAUGGUGGGCGGGGUCGACAAAGCUCGCAACUUUCAGAGAGCAGCUGCAGGUGACGGCAAGUGUGUGGAAUAAGGAGGAAUAAGCCAGCGCCAAAUUGUGACUGCCAGGGAGUGGCAGAACUCCCUAGGCGAUCUUAUGG